CUUUUUCUUUGUCCGUGAUAGAAAUAUUAAAAUUUGAAUAUCAGCUUAGAGUUAUGUGAUUUUUUUUAAUUGAUCGAUUGGGCAUAAUAAUGGCAAUGUCCAAAGAUUGGGAACAUCCUUGGACUAUUGAGGAAAUAGUUGAGAAUGCACCAAAUUGGAAUUUGGCAGGAGAUGCAGGUUUACUGAGGCACUUGGAACAAUUCUCUGAGAAUUUAUUUAAGAGAGCUGGAGAAGUGAAUGGAUCCCUCGAUGAGCUCUUGGAUAAUCUGGACAAGACUGCUAUUAAUUUAGACUUGGUGAAGAACCAAUUUUUGAGUCUGCAAAAUACCCAGUUCAUUGAAAGUCGUGUUUACGAAGAUGAUGAGGUUCUGGAUUCCAAGAAGGAAGAUGUUACCAACGUUGAGAAGAAAGUGUUGGAUGAAGAGAAAAAGAAAAACAUUACAAAUGCAGUGUUGAAGGGUAUUGAACUGCUUGAUGAAUAUUACGAUAAAGUGACUGUCGAUGGAAGUGACAGUGAGGAUGAUGUUGAUGGUGUCAGUUAUGUUUUGCAACCAAAGAAUCCCUAUUUGCAAAGACCGUUGCCUUACGUGAUUGGUACCGAGCAAUGGUACAAGAAUUGGCACGUGGGACUAGAGGAUUCGUCGAGUGAAGAGGAAGCCGAAGAACCGGAUAAAUUUAGCGAUACCGAUUCUGAGAGCAAUUUACCGAUCGCUGACCGUCGCAGAAUCGAAAGUACAAGCGAUUCCGGAACGGACGUUUCUUUAAAUCACAGUAAACCUCAAGCCGUGAUCAAUGAUACCGAUUCAAGUGGCACCGAUAAUUCCAUUCCAGUUAAGAUGCCUCCGUCCAGUCAAAGUUUUGCCGAUCAGCUUGCCGCGCGUCUCGGAAAUAUCGCUGUUGAGAGCACCAAAGAACUUGAAGUUAACAGACGACCCAUCAACAUUCCGAAACCGCAAGUUGGUCUAUUCACAAACGAGCCUCCACCUUUGGAAGAAUCCGAAGACGACGAGGAUAAGCAAGGGAUGUUUUCUGGAGGCAAAGAUCUGUUCCAGAACGAGGAUGUAUCGUUCUGGGGUCAAAAGAAUCCUCCGCAAUACGACGAACCGAAGAAGAAAACGCGAGGUUUAUUCGAUGAAAGCGACGAUGAAGAAGCAUUUACGAGUUCUAAUCAGACGCAGCCAAAUUCGUUCCUGAAACCGUACACCAACAACACUUUGGCGUCGAGCUUCCUCAGUAAUGAACCGCCUGAAAUCAUCGAGGCACCAAAAACUAAGAAGGAGCCAUCAGCUGGUAUUAUCGGAAGAAACAGUACGUUAGCUGGAAUUCUACCCAAGCGAACCGAUAGCAGUUCCGAAGAAGAAGUAAUUAUUGAAUCAAGUAAAUCUAUAGUUGAAGAUAAAACUGCGGUCAAGAGUGUUUCGAAGAAACCAAGCUUAUUCGAUGAUGCGGAUGAUUUGUUCAAAGAUGAUCUCUUCUCCGAUGUUAAGACUUUCUCAGAUAAGAAGAAACUCAGCUUGUUCGACAAUGAUGAUGAUGAUGAGGCAGAGGAGUCGUUUCCGAAGAUCGAGAAGAGGAAAGAGAACUUAUUCGAUAGCGACGAAGAUAUAUUCACCAGUUCGAAGGUGGAACAGGAGAGAGAUCAUGUGAAAAGGACGUUCGUGCCGAGUUUAUUCGACGAUGCUCCUCCAGAUUUGGACGAUUGGGACACGAAAUCCGAUAACAACGAUCUUGACGAUGAUGACAUUUAUGAUACCAAAAAAGAAGUCGAUCAAAAUCAGAAGAAAUUCUCAUUAUUUGAUGAUGAACCACCGGAUUUUGAUUUCGUUCCGAAGAAUGCGUCUAUCUUUGACGAUACAGAUGAUGCGAAAAUAAAAAGUGGCGGUUUGUUCGAUGAUGAUUUGGACUUUAAAAAAGCCAAUAAUAAAAUGGAAAUUAACUUGUUCAGUGAUGAUGAUUUGGAGAAAAACCGGUUGUUCGAAGAUAAAAAUGUGAACUUAUUCGAUGACAAAGAGGAGGAAAUUCCAAGCGUCGAUGAUCAAAACAAGACUAACGAUAUUCCUAGUGUGAUUGCGGAGGAUUGUAGAGAAUCUGACGUUGUUUCAGAAGUUAAUAAAGAAAUUACUGUCGAAGUAGAUACAAAACCGAAUAAUCAAAGAAUAACAAAAAAGAAAAUUAGUUUGUUUGAUGAUGAUCUUGAGACUGAGGAUUUGUUUGCUAAGGUAAUUGAUAAUGAAGAAACAAAGAAAGAUAUCGUGAAGAAUCAAGAUGAUGUAAAAAGUGUUGAAAAUAAUAAUUCAAAGUUAACGAAUAAACCGAUUGUUAUUGGAAGAAAGAACACUUUAGCUGGAGCUUUGCCUAAACGUAUGGAUAGCAGUUCCGAUGAUGAUUUGUUAUUUUCCAAUGCUGAAGUUCGUGGAAAAGCGAAGAGCGUCGAUUUAUUCGACAGUGAAAAGGUUGAUGAUGAAGAUAAAUUGUCUGAAUCGUUGCCUAAUGAUGAUUUCUUUUCUGCGGUAACGGAUCAUGAAGAAAACAAUCUGCAGGAUUGUAAAGAAACAAAGAGUAUUGAUUUGUUUGGCAGUGAAAAGAAGGACAUUGAAAAUCCUAAGAUUGAAGGAAAUAAUACGUUGUCGAAGCCAAUGGAUAAUAGUUCUGAUGAUGAUUUGUUUUCUUCAGCAAUAGAUCAUGAAGAAACCAAUUUGCUUGAUGAUACACAGCGGGAUCAGAACAAGUCGAAGGAAGUUGAUUUAUUACAAAAUAAUGAAGAAGCUAAGUUAACAAAUAAACCGAUCGUUCUGCCAAGAAAAGUUGCUAAGAUGAAGGAAAACCUUUCGGAGGAUUCGAGCAGAAAACCGGAAGAAAAAGUUUUACCGUCGAAACUGAAGCACAAUCUGAACAUCAAUGUUGCUGCAUUGAUGCCAGGUGCGUCCCUGCCUAAGAGUUUCAUGGUAAAAUCCCAUAGUCUCGAAGAUGCUAAGGUGGAGCAGCCGUUAAUCGUUCACGCUCAGAGCAAUAAAGAUGUGCGAUUACCGGAGGAUGCGCCAGAGGAUAACCUGCUUCCGAGCAUCACGAAGAGCAGGGCUCGAAUUGCGGUGAAGAGGAAACCGUCGACGAGACGCGGUCGUCAGGAGUCGAUACGAAGGAACCGCGAGAGAAGCGAGGACAGAAUCGAGGACACGAAGAACAACAACGUCGAGAGGAAUUUGGAUUUCCUAAACAGAAAUGCGACUCAAAGCGAGAUCAGCCAGAUCGGAGACGAAGAUAAAAACGAGAGGAGCAAACCUGAUGGAGGUAACGAGAAGGGACCAGUCGAAUAUGAAGAUUUCUUGAACGAUAGUUACUCUGGAGGCAUUCACAGACAAGUGGAAAUGCCGCCUAAAGCCACGUCCUCGCUGAAGAAGGAAGAGCCGAAAAAGAAAGAAACGCUGAAAAAGGAAGCGCCGAAGAAGAUGAAAGGACUCUUCGAUGACGACGACAUCGAUAUAUUCGCCGAUUUGAAGAAGACGUCCUCAGCGAAACGUAAGAAACCCAAAGGACUGUUCGACGACGACGACGAAGAUGAUAUCUUUGGAAACGUCAGCGAAGUGUCCUCCGCGUCCACAUCAAAGAAACCAGUAAAAUCGAACUCGCUUUUCGACGAUGUCAGCGACGAUAACGACGAUAUUUUCAGCACGAAAAGAACUGCUUCGGUAAAACCCACAAAACCCGCGGAGAAGAAGCGGAUCAGCAAAACCGUUCCUCUCACGAAGAGCUCAGACGAUGGAAAGAUCCUGGACGAUCCUCUAGAUUUAUUUACGAAUCAAUGAUACUGUUACUCUCAUCGCAAUUGUUAUGAUACACUUUUAGAAGUUAAAGAAAUUAUGUUAUUUUUGA